UGUUUAUCUGUGGUAAAAUUGCAGUUGUCAACAUCAUAUGUUCUUGCGGCGAAUACAUUGAUAUUAUGAAAUAAUAUAUUAUAUUAAUAAAUCAUCUUUAAAUCUAAUAUGGCUUCAUCUUUUUUACGUACUAAUGUGAUAAUCAGAAAUUUUAAAAAGCCUUUUUAUCAAAAUAAACGCAACUCUGGAUAUGUCGUCCUAAUCCCAGAAAUAGGCGAAGAUGGAGAUAAGAGCACUCUUCUAUCAGAUAAUGGAUUGCCAGAAUUUAAUGAUAUUACCAUUGAGAAAUGUAUCGCAACUAUCAGCAAACAGAGUUUGGAAUAUGAAAAUGGAGUAAGACAAAUAGAAGAAUCAAGCUUGAAUUGCAAAAAUGCAUUUGUUGAGAUUUUUCAUCCACUCGAAAAGUUAGAUAACGAAUUGGAACUAACAUGGGGUAUGGCGAAAACUUUGUAUCUAGGAAAUAGUUCUUUAAUGCCCACCAAAUCAUACAUUCAAAUUCAUGAAAGAGCACAUAAAGCCAGGUCCUCAAAAUUCAAUAGCAUACCAAUUUUUCAUGCUGCCGUUAAUGAGAAAAAUCGACUGAAGAAAAUAACUGAUGAAGAACAAAGGCUUUUAGAUAAGUAUAUUCUAGAAGGAAAACUAAAUGGUCUUGACAUUAAAGGUGUGAAACGUGAGAGGCUCAACAAUAUUCUAACUGAUAUACAAAAACAGAGAGGCAUAGUCAGGGAUAAAGUUAAUAUUGCCACAAAAAUUUUUAGUAGUAUAAUUAAUAAUGAACAAGUGGCAAAGGAAUUUCCAGAAAGCCUUGCUAAAUCGAUGUCAGUUAAUAAUGAUGCUAACAAAGGCCCAUGGAAGCUUACACUACAACCUCACAUCUUUGAACCUUUCAUGCAAUAUUGCCCUGAUAGAGAGCUAAGGUGGAAUGCUUGGCAGGCGCAUGUACAACGUUGUUCAGGUUAUGGAAACAAAGAUUUAGAAACAAGUACCGUUAUAGAAAAGUUACGUAGCUUACGGUUGGAGCAAGCAACAAUAUUAGGAUAUGAUACUUUUGUAGAUAUGAGCAUGGAAACUAAAAUGGCAGGUUCAAUUGAUAAUGUGUUAAAUGUACUUGAUAAUCUGCUUGAAAGUGCACGACCAAUGCAAGAUCUUGAACUUCAAUCACUUCAAAAUUUCGCAAACGAGAGAGGAUUUGACAAAAACCUUGAACUCUGGGACAUUCCAUACUGGCAAAGGAAACAGAAAUGGUCACUUUAUAAUUUCGAUGAAAAUAAAAUACGAGAGUAUUUUCCGCUUCCCAAAGUUGUUAAUAGCCUAUUCAAUUUAUGUUGCACAUUGUUUAAAAUUCAAAUCGUUGAAAGGUCAGAUGUUCAUACAUGGCAUAAAGAUGUUAAAUUUUACGAUAUUUAUGAUGAAACAAGCAAUAGACCGAUAGCUGGUUUUUAUUUAGACCCGUAUGCUAGGGAGGAUGAAAAAAUUCGAGUUUAUGAUGAUGCUGGAUGGCAUGUAUCGAUACGCAACAAAAGUUCCAUAUCCUCUACCCAGCCUCUUUCUGCCCUAAUUUUUAACUUCCAAGCUCCAGUUAAUGGCCAACAGUCAUUGCUUUCUUUUAAGGAGGUAAAUGUUUUGUUCAAACGAUUUGGCCACUCACUACGGCAUUUACUAACUAAAGCAAAUUAUUCUGAAGUUGCUGGAUUAUCAAAUGUGGAAUGGGACGCGGCAGAAGUUUGCGGCCAAGUAAUGACACAUUGGCUUUACGACCCGAAUACCAUUCAAGGAAUUAGUGGUCAUUACAGAACAGAUGAACCAUUACCCGAUGACAUAAUCAAAAAUAUUCAAAAUAUAAGAAGACAUAUGUCUGGUUAUGAUUUAUGUAAGGAGCUAUAUCUCUCUCGUCUCGAUUUGGAAUUGCACUCAAAGAAGACCUUUUGGAGAGAUCUAGUGCAGCAACUGUGGCCGAAGUAUAAUGCUCUGCCGUUCGAUAAAUACGAUUCUCAUCCACUUUCAUUCACGAAAAUAUUCUCUGAAGAGUGGGGUGCAGCGUAUUACUGCCAUUUAUGGUCGAAAAUGAUCGCAGCUGACAUUUACAGUGCUUUUGAUGAAGCCAGGACAGGAGACCAAAACAUUAUAGCCAUCGGAAAAAGAUAUAAAGAUACGUUCCUAGCCACUGGUGGCAGUUGUCAUCCCAGUGAAGUAUUUAGAAGGUUCCGGGGUAGAGAUCCGUCGCCGCACGCAUUGCUGAACAAUCUUGGUCUUACAAAAAAUACUGUAGAAGAAUAGAAUGAACGUUGUUCAUAUCUGUAGAUAUAUAGUUUUAUUUCUACAAUUAUAAUGUUCGUGUUUGA